UUCUUCUCACUCUUUUUUUUUCUUCUUUCUCCAUCUCUGCUUCUUACUGUUUUCUCCCUUCUUUUUUCUUCUUCUUCGUGAUCCUCUUUCCCUGAAUUUUCUCCUACAAAUUUCAGAAAAUGGCUGGGAAUUUGCCUCCGCGUGAUGUCCCAGACCGUCUGAUAGGGUUUCAGUGUAAAUGAAGGAGUCCGUCCCUAGUAACGUUUGAGAAAAUCAAGCCGAAGAAACACGCUCUCAUUGGCGCGCGAUUUUUAUUUUUUGAAAUAGAAGAACAACCAACUACUGCUGCUGCUGCUGUUCUGCCAUUGCCAUUGAGGGCUUCUCUUCUUGGCUUCGUUAUUUUGUACUAUCUCUGAUCAUGGAUAUGGGUGAUGUUCCUCCGUUCCCUAUGACUUCUCAACUCGACCACCCCGCUCCGCCGACGUCAAUUACCAGCCAGGCUGGGGAAUUUCUGGGAAGGGAGGAUGCCAUUAACUAUCUACAAACGGUUGAAAAAGUUUUUCGUGGUAGAGAGGAUAAAUUCGAUGAAUUUAUCAAAGUAUUGAGAGAUUUCAGGGUACAAAAAAUCGUUGGGGCUGAUGUUGUUUUGAAAGCCAAAGAGUUAUUUGAAGGUCACUGGGACCUAACGUUGGGUUUAAAUGUCUUUUUGCCGAAGGAAGCUCAAAUCGAUCUCCCACCUGAGGAAGAAUCAUUUCUGAGAAAAAAAGCAGUAGAAUUUAAUGAAGCAGUCGAAUUUGUCGAAAGAAUCAAGGCCACAUGUCAAGAUCACGAUGAUGAUGAUGUGUAUAAAGCUUUCAUUGACCUUUUAGAUAUGUACAAAAUGGGCAGAAAGUCUGCAAAGGAGGUUUAUAGUCAAAUUUCAGUUCUUUUCGCGGACUAUGUUGAAUUUAUUAUAGAGUUUGCUCAUUUUUUACCUUGUCUUUGGGGGACGGAAAGUGUUGAGCUUCCACAGCCUUACAGGAAUACCAUCCCAUUCGGGGAUGGUGGAAGUCCCUCCAAUUAUGAAAGCUGCACUCCAAGUUAUCGACUUCUGUCUCCCAAUACUAUGAUCCCUACACCAAGUGAAAGAACAAAGAUUGGCGAUGAGGUUUUGAAUGACAAUUGGAUAUGUGUUGCUUCGGAAGAAAAUAAGGAUUAUUCCUCCAAACACAUGCUCAAAAAUCCAUAUGAAGAAAACUUAUUUAAAUGUGAGGAUGAGAGGUUUGAAUUGGAUGUGCUGAUGGAAUCAGCCAAGGCAGCAUCUCAUCGUAUUGAGAGACUGUUGAGCAAUAUUGAAAGUCAUAAAAUUAAAUUAGAUGAUUCAUUCCGCAUUGAAGAUCAUUUAAAAGCUCAAGAUCUUCGGUACAUUGAGCGUUUAUACGGUGAACACGGGCUUGAAGUACUUGAGAGAUCAAUAAAGAGUGUUGAAUUUUCACUGCCGAUUAUGUUAAGUCGGUUGAAGCAGAAAUUGAUUGAAUGGACCAAUUGCCAUGCCAAAUUGGAUACUGUUUGGAGAGAGAUUAAUGCAAAGAACUACCCCAAAUCCCUUGACUAUAGGAGCUUGUAUAAGCAGCAGGCAGAUAUUAACGACGUUAGUCCUAAAGAUAGUGACAAAAUCAGUCAUUGAUUAA